AUGUUAUAUGAGUUGUUACUUUUUCUGUCAUCUUCAACACCAAAUGGUCCAAGGAAAACCUCAGUGUCAGUCAGUCCCUCUGGUGAAAUAGUGGAGGGCAGUUCAGUGACUCUGACCUGCAGCAGUGAUGCCAACCCACCUGUGGACAAAUACACCUGGUACAAGAAGAAUGUAACCUCACCAAAAGCAUCAGGACAGAGUUACAGCAUCACUAACAUCAGCUCUGAGGACAGAGGAGAAUACUACUGUGAGACCCAGAAUGGAAGAGGAUCUAUGAACUCUACAGCUCUGAUGAUCAUUGUAGCAGGGAAACAGACCUCAGUUGUGACUGCAGCUGUAGGAAUCAUAGUGGUUGUUCUGGUUCUCAUACUCUGUUCCUCUGGCUUCAUGUGGUUCAGAGAAUCACCACAGAAGCUGGACCGAAGAGAAUCACCACAGAAGCUGGACUGA